GUCAAAGGCCAAUGGAUGUGCGGGGGCGGGGCUUCGCCGCUGGUCCGCACCUUCAGGCCCAUGGGCGUGGUCUGGGUGUCUAAGCCAAUGAGAGUGUGGACGCGGGGCCUGAAUAGGAGCAGGAAACGGCGGCCGCCGAGGGGUCCCUGCCCGCCUGCCUUCAUGCUGCCCCUGCGCCUGCGCCGGCUGUGGCCCCACAACCCUCCCACUCGGUUCUUCGCAGCGGCCGCCCGGCAGCGGUCUGGCCCCAGUAACUACUAUGAACUGUUGGGGGUGCAUCCUGGUGCCAGCGCUGAAGAAGUUAAACGAGCUUUCUUCUCCAAGUCCAAAGAGCUGCACCCUGACCGGGACCCCAGGAACCCAGCCCUGCACAGCCGCUUUGUGGAGCUGAGUGAAGCGUACCAAGUGCUGAGCCAUGAGCAGAGCCGCCGCAGCUAUGACCACCAGCUCCGCUCGGCAGCUUCCUCAAAGUGUCCAGGAACCACAGCCCAUCCCAGGUCUGCUCAUCAGGCACACAGCAGCUCCUGGGCACCCCCCAAUGCAAAAUACUGGGCCCAGUUUCAUGAAGUGAGGCCGCAGGGACCAGAGUCAAGGCAGCAGCAGCACAAGCACAACCGGCGGGUGCUGGGGUACUGUCUACUGGUCAUGCUGGCAGGCAUGGGCCUGCACUAUGUUGCCUUCAGGAAGCUGGAGCAGAUGCAUCGUAGCUUCAUGGAUGAAAAGGAUCGGAUCAUCACAGCCAUCUACAAUGACACUCGGGCCCGGGCCAGGGCCAACAGAGCCAGGCCCCGGGAGGAGCAACGGCAGGGGCAGCAGCUGCAGCCACCACCCGGGCCUCCUCAAGGCCCCGGGAUCGUGCCCCCCGGCCCCAGCCCCUGAGCGGCUCACCUUGGAGAGCUCACCUUGGAUGGGGCCUGCGGUGUGCUCCCUUCUGGGACACCCCACUCCCCAAAACGCGUGCAAUAAAGUGAUUCUCAGA